CACUCGCACACUCGUAAUCAAACGAGAUUUUCAAUAUUGUUCUUGGUAUUCACUGUUUGAGCUUUAUCAGAUUUAACUUCUAAGCAUAAAUCUACAAAAGGUAACUCUUAUUCCCAACAAACUUUUAGUUUUCGUUUGUAGACUCCGUUUUUGUUUUCUCAUGGUCUGUACGAUUGUAGUGCUCCACGAUUUGUGCGAAGUUCUUCGUUUUUCUGUAAAUUCAUCAGUGUGUGUUUUGUUUGAGAGCAUCAUCUCCAUCAUGGCAGACCGUGGUUUCCGAAUCCUCGAAGAUCAGGACCCGUAUUCUGAUGAUUAUUUCGUUGCUUUGCUUAUCUUGCACAAACUCAGCGGAACACGAUACAAGCGCGUCGAAAAGCGCCUGACGAAGGUUAUGUUACACAAGAAAUACGAGCUGCGAGACGUGAAGGGCCGCAGCAAAUUUUUGCCAGGGAGCGGGCUCCCGGACGUGUGCGUAAUUCUCGGCUGCCACUAUGAAAAAUCGCUGAAGAAGGCGGUGCAGGGGAUUACGGCGUUGUUAUCGGGGCCCGAGGCCUGGCGUGAGCAUACAGUUAUCGAAGGAUUUUCGAAAACUCGCAUUUCGACCGAACAUGGGAUUACGCGCAAGUUCAUGACGGAAACUAUCCGCGAAUGGGAUAAACUGCGAAACCGGGAUCUUUGGUUGGAAACUGACGUUGACACGCGCGCUGGAAAGGCUGGCUCCAGCAAUUUUGAGAUGCGGACCACCGGGAUGAACUCAAGCCAAGUUCUGGAUUCAAGCGGGGAGGUACUUUCCGGGAGCCAGGUGCACGAGCGCAAUCGCGAUAAACGGUCACGAUCGCGCACCCCGAACCCUCGCAGUUCAAAGGAUGAGAAAUAAUUGGCCACGGAACGAAGAUGUUCCCGAGUAAUCGAACCUUGUUGUAGCCACCAUUGCUGUGUCGUGCCUUUUAUAUGUUCGUGUUUUUUUAUUAAAACGAAUCGUGUCGAAGGAAGAA